AUGGACACCCUGAGGAACAGGACAGUGGAGGAGCUCCAGGAGCUGCAGGAGAACACGGAGGAGAUCGAGCGCCUGGCCCUGGAGUCGCAGGAGGUUCAGGAGCUGCAGCUGGAGAGGGAGAUGGCCCUGGCUGCCAACAGGAGCUUGGCUGAGCAGAACCUGAAGUUCCAGGCGCCGCUGGAGACGGGACGCUCCGAGCUCUCCAGCAAAUAUGAGGAGCUGCAGAAGCUGGCUGAACGUUGCAAGGAGCAAAAGGCCAAACUGGAGAAAUUCUCAGCAGCAAUGCACCCACAGACCUUGCUGGAUCUCCUGCAGGUAGAAAGCCAGAAAAUAGAAGAGGAGUCUGAGAAAACAGCUGAGAAGUUCCUGGAGGGGGAUUUGCCCUUGGAGACCUUCCUGGAGCAGUUUGCAGUCAUGAGGAAACUCUCCCACUUGAGGAGGGUCAGAGUGGAGAAGCUGCAGGAGAUCCUGAGGAAGACGACA